GUCCAUGGGUUCAGAAACAGGCCAGAGUUCAGCACAAUGCAGUUUUAAUGCUGGUUCAUCUACAACGGGGAUGUGGUCUAUGAUCAAGGACAUUGAUCACACCAAGUCUACCUGGGCUCUGAAGGUUAGGGUUGUAAGGGCUUAUGAGGUGCCUCCUCACUCAAAAGGAGGGGAGACCCUCGAGAUGGUUUUGCAUGACGCCGAGGGAGAUCGGAUUCAUGCAAUAAUCAAGAGACCACAGAUUGCCAUGUACAAGACUAUAAUAACUGAGCACAAGAUCUAUGCUAUAAGGAACUUCUUAGUUCUAGACAAUUACCAAACAGUGAAGACCACAAAUCAUCCCUACCUGAUUCAGUUCAUCUCUAAAACCCAAUUCCGGGAGGAUACGAAGACAGAAUUGCCUAUGAUGGUCUACGAUUUCCAACCUUUCGAUAUGCUGCACGCCCAAAGGGUUAUCAACGACAAAACUCUUAUUGAUAUCAUUGGGAAGGUUAUCAAUAAAAGCAUUGUUCAAACCCAUAUCAUCAAUGGGAAGACAGAAAGGCUAAUGGAGCUAACUGUGGCAGACCCAG